CGCUGAGAAAAGAAGGAAACACACAAAACACAAAAAAGUGCAGGGAAAAGAACCAAAUAUACAAAAUAAACAAACAACUGCGGCUGCAAUGGAGAAGAGAAUAGAACUGGAGCGACGCGCACGCAAAGUAAAUCAGAUCACAGAGCUGAAUCUGGACAAUUGCCGGAGUACAAGCAUCGUUGGCCUUACAGACGAAUACACCGCCUUGGAAUCGCUAAGCUUGAUCAACGUGGGUCUCACCACACUCAAAGGUUUCCCCAAGCUGCCCAACUUAAAGAAGUUGGAGCUGUCCGACAACCGAAUUUCGAGCGGCCUCAACUAUCUGACCACCAGCCCCAAACUGCAAUAUCUCAACUUGUCCGGCAACAAGAUCAAGGAUCUGGAGACCCUUAAGCCCCUGGAGGAGUUUAAGAAUCUAGCAGUGCUGGAUCUGUUUAAUAACGACGCCACCCAGGUGGACAAUUAUCGCGAGAAGAUCUUCAAGAUGCUGCCAUCGUUAAACUUCUUGGACGGUUUUGAUUGCGACGAUGAGGAGGCGCAAUCCGAUGGCGAUGAUGAUGAAGAAGUCAACGGCAACGAUUCCGAGGAGGAAGAUAAGCGCAGUGCCUUCUGUUUGAAUGGUUUAGAAAUCGAUUUAGACGAGCUCGAGGCACUGGAGCAGCGCGUGAAGGCGAAAAAGAGUUUGCAGGACAAACCACCUUCGCACUCGGAGGACAAUGAAGUAGACGACUUAGAUGAGUACCUGAAAGAGUUGCAGUUGAGGGAACCCACAGCUGCAGCAACCGAUGAAAAAUCUGUGAUAAAGGCGACCCAACAGACCGCUAGCAAUCGAAACUUAAAUUUCGCCAUCCUGCUCUAUUGGUUCUUUGCCAUUUUAAAUCUGGCCAACGCCACAUAUUUUUCCAAUGACGAUGACGACGAAGGUGACAGCGAUGAUAGCGAGGAGGACAACGGAGAGGUGUCCCUUUCGGAGGUGUACAAUGACGAUUUGGAGGAGGAUAACUCCGAUUGGGAGGGCGAGGGUGAAGGUGGCGAGGACGAUGAGGAUGAGGACUCCGAUAUUGAUGAAGCCGAUGGGGAUGCAAACGAAUCCGCUGCAUCAGUAAAUGCCAAGGAUGAUAAGGAUGGCGAAAAGGCAGGAGACGAAUCGCAAGCCCGGGGCAAGAAGAGAAAGCAUGAUGGUUAAAUCCUCCAACUGUCACUCUAUCGUCAUUGUACGUUAUAAAUUUAAAUAUACACCCACACACACACACUAAACAAACAUACAGCCACACACAUCAUAUUUUGAUAGAAAAAGAUGAUUAACCCUUUAGGAAGCCCACAAUUUGUUUCUCUAAAAUGUAAGCUAAAAAAAAAAAAUUAAAAACGAAAAAAAAAAACUAAAGCGACAAACACCCAAAACAAACACAGAGAGCUGAAAAAGGCGGGAAAAUGAACGUAAUAAUCAAACAAAGCAAAGCAAAACAAAAUAUAUGUUUAAGCGAGGGAAAACAAGAGGAAAACAAGAAAAAACAACCAAUAAAAAAUGCUUUACUAAAGUCUCAUUCGAACCCAAGUUCCAGUUUUUACACCUUCGUCAGUUAGAUUUCCCCCUUCUUAAAAUUGCUAAGCUCUUAAGUUAUUAACCAUAUAGUUACGACAUGUACACUUUUUAAACAUCUAAUGACUUGCUGUUAUAUUUCAACCAACAACUGUGAAACAAAACUCAAAUCUACACUCCGACAGCGUUAAACAUUUUAUUUGUACAACUUCGGCUUUGUCAACGUUUCGCGUGAAAGGGAUCACACAAUUACUGCUAAGAACUUUUAACUAACUCUUAAGUCAUUCCUUUGAAUACGCAUAAGUUAAGCGAAAUCCAAUUGAUUUACCCACAUUUUCAUUGUUACCCACCUCUCCCGACAUUUAAACUUUCUCAGCAUCUCUUACCAAGCGUAAUGAACUCACCCAAAUUGUUUUCCUUUAUGUACUUUUAAGUAAAACUACACCACAUACCCAAAUGUUUCCACUUAUUCAACGGCAGUAGAAUGUUUUCAUUGAAUGUGGCGAGUAAAUCUUAUACACACACUUUUAGACAAGAUUUUUCAUUUAAUAAACAUAUAUGCAAACAAGAAUUAUAAGAGCA